AUGGCAGCGGAGUCCCGAUCGGAGGGCAAUAUUCAACCUGGCGGACCAGCCCCUGUCGGAAGUCUUGGACGUGGCCCAAUAGGAAACGGAGACGGCCCUCAAAGUGCAAUUCCUGGAGUUUCGGUUGGUGCCGGAGCCCCAAUCGGACAAGUUCCGGGGAUCAAUUCCAAUGGUUUAACCGGCUCUGUUUCAGGUGUUGGAAAUGGGCUAACCGGCGCCCAGGGAUUGCCAGGAAAUGUCCAAGGUAGCCUUGGUGGUAUCGGGGACCAGCUACCUGGUAUAAAUUUGAACGGGGCCCAAGGUCCUACUUCUGGGAUCAGCGGUCAAGUCAAAAACCCAAUAGGAACUUCCCCAGGUUCUGGGUUUCCCUCAGGCGGCCAAGCCCCCGGUAGCAGCGCUAACAGCCCUCAAGGUGCCAAUUCUGGGCUAACAGGCGGAGUUCCUGGAUUGCAGGGCCCCUCACCUAAAGGAGCCUUUGUACCGGGUCAAGGGCCUUCCUCUAAUUUGAAUAGUCCCAAAAUUCCCACUCCGGGCGCUGCAGGUACUCCCCCCGGCCCUUUGGGCAAUUUCCCAGGGGUUGGCUCUGUUUUGAGUGCUCAAACUUCCGACGGAACACUGAAUGGCGCUCUGGGUACGGUUCCUGGGACUACAGGUGGAAUCACGGCAGAUAAAGGCCCCUUAGCAAAUAUUCCCAGCGUUGGUGGGCCAGGAGCAGGUGUUAAUUUGAAUGGCAUUCAAGGGUCGGUUUUGGGGAUGACGAAUGGGAGACCAGGUGCUCAAGGCACUUUGGGAAACAUUCCAGGUCUCGGCGCCCAAGGCGGUAAUGACAUUCCGAACAUCCCACAAGCGCCCAAUUCCGGUCUUUCUGGUAGUAUCACCGGAUCUCAAGGCGUAGGUAAUCUUGGGUCCUUGCUCGGAGGUCAGGGACCCUCCACUAAUCCUGGCGGCAACCCUAAUGGUCCGAGAGGAUCAACCUCAGGACCCUCCAGUGGCCCACAAGGUCUCUUAGGAAACCUUCCAGCUGUUGGUUCUGUUGUAGGUGGACAAGGCCUCUCCGGGACUGUAAAUGGUCCCCUAGGCACUGUUUCUGGUAUCGCCCCAGGUAUUGGCUUAGGACCUGGAUCAAAUGACGGCUCCAGAGGCUCUUUGGUUAAUUUGCCUAAUGUUGGAUCUUCCCCAGGAGGACAAGGCAUUGCUGGCUCUGUAAAUGGCCCCCUGGCAACCGUCUCUGGUCUAACUGGAGGUGUUGGUUUAGGAUCCGGAGCAAAUGGUGCACUUCGAGGGCCUUCAGGAAGCUUUCCGGGUGGAGGAUCUGUGCUCAGCGGACAAGGCCCUUCCGGGGCUGUAAAUGGUGCUCUGGGUACUGUUUCUGGUCUUACUGGAGGUAUCGGUUUAGGAUCAGGAUCAAACAUUGGACCGCAAGGCCCUUCAAUCGGUGUACCAGGCGCUGGUUCUGUCCUUGGUGGACAAGGCCUUUCUGGGGCUGUAAAUGGUCCUCUAGGAACUGUUUCUGGUCUUACCGGCGGGAUAGGUUUAGGUUCUGACUCAAAUGGCGGACCACAAGGCCUUUCAGGAAGCUUGCCAGGUGUCGGAUCUGUCCUUGGUGCACCAAGCCUUCCUGGGGCUGUAAAUGGGAAUCCGGGUACUAUUCCGGGUCUUACUGGAAGCCUUGCCGGCUCUCAAGGCCCCUUAGGUAACUUGCCUGUAACCGGUUCCUUAACAGGAAGUGGACAAGGGGCUUUCAACAUGGCCAAUGGGCCAAGAGGGUCAACCCCAAGACCAGGUGGCGCACCAGGCCUUUUGAACAAUCUUCCUGUGUUAGGAUCUGUUGUUGGCGGACGAGGGCCUUCAGGAGGUACAAAUGGCAUAUCGGGUUCAAUUUCUGGGUUGACUGGAGCUCAAGGGCCUGUGGGCAACUUGCCUGUUGGCUCAUUACUUGGCAGUCAGGGGCAAGCUGCUGGAUUAAAUGGUCCGAGGGGUCCCAAUGCAGGAUUUUCGGGAAGCUCGCCGGGACUUUCGGGUAACCUACCUGUUGUUGGAUCUGCGCUUGGCGGUGCAGGAGGUGUCAAUGGUGUUUUGGGUUCAGUUCCAGGUCUCACAGGUGGUCUCACGGCGGGCCUUUCUGGGCCUCAAGGCGCACUAGGUAAUAUUCCGGUUACCGGGGCCUUGCUUGGUGGGCAGGGGGGCAACACUCAAUUACAUGGUGGGUUAAUCCCUGGACUUGUGGGUGGAGUCGUUGGCGGCAACCAAGGUGUCGGUGUAAACCUCAAUGGUGUGGGGGGCCCUAUCUCCGGUCUUACUGGUGGUAUUCCUUCCCCAGGAAGCCUUGUUGGAAAUGUUCCAGUUGUCGGUGGUCAAGGUCAAAACAUCAAUCUCCCGCUCAGCGGAGUAAGCGGUUCAAUUAAUGGAAAUAUCGGUGGAAAUCUACCGCUGAAUGCUGGUGGAAUGGGCUCAAGUGCACCUCAGUAUUCUGGGGGUCAAAACAACCAGUACAAUGCUCGACGCCCAGUAGAAGAUGGAUAUACAAGGGCUUUGCACAAGCGUUCAGAUAACGGUCUUCCCGUCUCUGACAUUCCUGAUUUUGGCAAUGUAGAUGAUCCUGAAGACGACAGCAUACAAAACUUUGGCGCCUCUCCCUCACAAGACUCUGGGAUUUACCCAGACGACCUGAAUGAGCAAGGCGAUCCAGACGCUUCAGAAAACUUUCCAGACCCUGGUGAUAUUUCCGGAGGCAACCAACAAGUGUCUAAUGCGGCAGGAGGACUGUUCUCGGGUCUUCCAGUGGCCGGUCCGAUCCUCACUGGAAACGGCCAAGCAGGCUUAGAUGGACAGGGAGGCUUGCUAAGCAAUCUACCUGUAGUCGAUUCGCUCUUCAGAGGAAAUCAAGGGGGAUUGAUGCGCCGUCAAGAAACCGACGGUCUUAUCGGUAUUGUCAACAACUUAGUUGGCUCUACUGGCAAUGUGAAUAGUCAGGCAGGUCUGGUGGACACAGGAGGUUUGCUAAACGGACUCCUUGGCGGCGGUGGGGGCGCUCCUGGAGGAUUAUUGCGUCGUGGAGCAACGGAUGGUCUCGUUAACGUACCUGUGGUUGGACAAGCUCUCGGCGACGACGGUGUAGGCGGUAUUGUCAACAACUUAGUUGGCUCUACUGGCAACACUAAUAACCAGGCGGGUCUAGUAGGCACAGGAGGUCUGUUAAACGGACUCCUUGGCGGCGGUGGGGGCGCUCCUGGAGGAUUAUUGCGUCGUGGAGCAACGGAUGGUCUCGUUAACGUACCUGUGGUUGGACCUGCUCUCGGCGACGACGGUGUAGGCGGUAUUGUCAACAACUUAGUUGGCUCUACUGGCAACACUGAUAGUCAGGCAGGUCUGGUGGACACAGGAGGUCUGCUAAACGGACUCCUCGGCGGCGGUGGGGUCGCUCCAGGAGGAUUAUUGCGCCGUGGAGCAACGGACGGUCUCGUUAAUUUGCCUGUGGCUGGACCUGCUCUCGGCGACGGAAGGUUAAACGGUAUCGUCGAUGGUUUGCCCGCAGACGGUCUUCUCGGCAACGCAAAUGGCCAGGCGGGUGUAGGUUUGCUAAACGGACUCCUCGGCAGCGGUGAUGCAGUCAGCGGUCAACCGGUAGUUGGUUCUGACGCUAGCGACAGUGAUCAGGUCAGAGCGGUUGGUUCAGGAGGAGGACUGACCAAUCGAUUACCUGUCCUUGGCGGAGAAGGCGUUAACACCAAUGGCAUCGGUCUCAAUCGUCUCCUUGGGCGAAGGGCACUUCACGCCUCGCGGGCGUACCAAAGCGGUGAUGACGCGUAUUCAUCCGACAUGGGUGAUCAAGACCUCAGCCAAGACGAUGGAUACAAGGAAGGUCAGCUUGGCCGUUAUGAUAGCCGUUAUGGAUCGGACCGUUCAGGACCUAGCAUAAGACAUUUCCUUGCCAACAGUUACAAGCAUGGUGGGGUUAAGCCAUCCUCUGAUCAGGCGCCAGAUAACAGCGAUAGCAUGUACCAAAAGCGAAGCAUGUUUGGCUUUUUAGGGAACCAGAACGAUCAAGUGGCAGAUCAAUCCAACUCUCCAGCCAAUCCUCAGCCGGAAUCACAGCCCGGGCCUCAGUCAACCGACACAAACCCCGAUUCAACCGCUCAGUCAGGUGGAGUCUUGUCGUGGUUAGGACUAGGAAACAUGAUAUAGAUUGAUGGCCUCAGAGGUCUACCGCUUGUAUCUCAUUAUUGUGAAAAGUUUCACUUCUCCAUUUGAAUCAAGGUUGUAGAUAUUUCUUCCUUUCUUUGGUUUGUAUGUGCCUUGCAAACGUGAAAUUUUAUUCAAGUUCAAAGAUACGCCCAGACCGCGUCAUUGUCAUGGUAUUCUAUAUUUAGUAUUGAUCUUUCUUAAUACCCAAACUAA